AUGGCGAGUACUGUUGCUGCCAUUGGCGCUGUGGCUGCUGCGACUAGCCGAGCAAAAGGUAGGAUGAAGCAACAAGCUAGAGUUAGCAAUGACAGUGGUGAUGGAAAUCAAGGUGGAAGUGAUGUCCCGAGUACAGUGGCACCAGUGGAAAUAGUGAGUUAUCUGGAGUUAACUAACACGGGUCAAAUAGCGGGCGAAAGCUCAAGAAGGACUGAGGUGGCUAGGAGUGACCGCCGGAAAUCUUUCACCAAGAAAGAGAGAAAGAAGACAAAGAUUACACCAAGGGGCCAAAGUUUCAAGAGGGGCCGUUAUGCCACUUCAUGUUCUCAACGCCGGAUUAAUGACCGAAGGAACGACAACCGUCUGGGUCUGAAUUCAGAAGGGCAGAUUAGUACUCAACCGGAAGACUUAAAGUGUCAGAAAUGCAAAAUGUAUCAUCUAAAUAGACCAUGCAGGGCCGGACUAGGUGUAUCUUACGAAUGCGGGAAGCCGGGGCAUAUAAAUCAAGAUUGUCCAUACAGGAAACGCCGAGAGGCAGCCGAAUCUAAUUCUCAGACCUGA